AUGAGGAAAGUCCGGUUGGCAUUGGCAGUGGCGGUAAUAAAAAGCCGGCCCUCGGGUCAGAGCAGCAGAGAGUACACAGAGGGUUUGAGCUGCCGGCUGAAGAAGCAGGAUGAAGGCUGGAGGCGUAGAGCCCGGGAGCUGCAGGAAGAGGUGCUGAGGCUAAGACAGGAGCUGCUCCUUACCAAGAUGACGUCAGAGGCAGAGAGCGCAGGUGGUGACAACACAAUGAACAUCCUUUCUUCGGACCUGCUGGACCUGGUGAGGGAGCUCUCCAGUGCUAACCCAGAUUCAGGCUGCGGUACAGAGAACAACACAGAGACCCUCCUCUCCACCGUGGACUCCCAGCAAACCGUAGACCCUCCUCUGCCUAGUGUCUCAACCCCCCAGCCUCUAUUCCCUACCUGUCAAGGUGGUCCUCAGAGCAGAGCCAUGCUCCACCACCAGCAGUUUCUCCAGAGCUUAUGUGGCCUCUGCCGAGUGGACAAAAAGGAUGGUGGCCUGGAGGUGGCGUGGUUAAGGCAGAGUGAGGAUGCAAGUGUGCUGGUGGAUUCAGUGUACCACCUUUUGGAGGCAUUGGUGGAAGUGUGCAGGAAUUCCGAUCUCCUGCUCCCCAGCGCCCCCUUCCUGUUGCAGGCCUGCCAGGUGGCAGCCCGGGCGGUGGACCUGUGGUGUUUCCGAAGGAAGCCAUCUGUGCAGUUUGUGACCCAGAUGGAGGAGCCACUGAAGGGGCUGAUGUUGAUGUUGUUACACAGUCAUCGGCUCAACGGGUUUCAGGUGGAACGGACGCUGACAGAGUGUGUGGUUCAGCUGGGAGCCAGCAGUGUGUUCAGAUCCCUCAUCAUCCGUCAUCUGCUGUCCCAGAUCAACAGUCUUACCCAACAACUAUGGCUGACCUGCCAGGAGAAGGAGAUGCCGGGACAUGAGUGGUUUGCCGUGAACCAGUAUGAGAACUCCCUCUACCUGUUCUGGAUCUUGGAGCAGCUCCUGCAGAGAGCCACGGUCACGGGCGAGAGAGAAAAGAUAAAUGAGCCGGGCUUCAUCCAGGAGCAGAGGGCCUUCAAGGAGCAUUUGGAGCAGCACAUCUUCCUGCUGUCAGAUGAGUUCCCCCUGUUUGCUCUCUACAUGUGGAGGAUUGGGGCUCUCCUCCCCCCCAUACACAACGUCUAG